AUGAGUACUGCAGGAAAGGUUAUAAAAUGCAAAGCGGCUGUAGCCUGGGCCCCAAAUCAGCCACUGUCGAUUGAAGAGGUUGAGGUGCAACCACCAAAAGCAGAUGAAGUUCGGAUUAAGAUGGUAAGCACAGGCAUAUGUCGAACAGAUGACCAUGCACUCCAUGGUGAUAUAGGAGGAGUGAAUUUUCCAGUUAUUUUGGGCCAUGAAGGAGCUGGAAUAAUUGAAAGUAUUGGAAAAAGUGUAACUGGACUAAAACCAGGAGAUAAAGUUGUUCCACUUUGUCUUCCUCAGUGUGGAAAGUGCAGCUCGUGUCUGAAUCCACAAAGUAAUUUUUGCUUUAAGUCACAGCUGAGCAGUGAACCACAGACUGUACUCCUUGACAAGACAUCAAGGUUUUCCUGCAAGGGAAAAGUUGUGGAUCAUUUUUUGUGGACCAGCACCUUUUCUGAAUACAUUGUGAUGCCUGCUGGAGCUGUUGCCAAGAUUGCUGACAGAGCACCCAUGGAGAAGGCUUGUCUUUUUGGAUGUGGCUUUCCCACUGGAUAUGGAGCGGCUGUCAAUACUGCCAAAGUGGAGCCUGGUACUACUUGUGCUGUAUUUGGAUUGGGUGCCAUUGGGCUGUCGGUCAUUAUUGGAUGUAAAGUUUCUGGAGCAUCAAGAAUUAUUGCUAUAGAUAUAAACAGCAGCAAGUUUGAAAAGGCAAAGCUGUUUGGAGCCACUGACUGUAUUAAUCCCAAUGAUUAUAGCAAGCCAAUCCAGGAGGUGAUCACUGAAAUGACAGAACAUGGAGUGCAUUAUUCCUUUGAAUGUAUUGGCAGUACAGAGGUUAUGAAAGCAGCACUGGAGUGUACUCACCCAGGAUAUGGGACCAGUGUGAUAAUAGGUGUAGCUUCCCAUGAUGCAAAGAUCACAUUUGAUCCUCUUCUGCUCCUCACAGGACGAACAUGGAAAGGCAGUGUAUAUGGAGGUUAUAAAAGUAUGGACUCAGUGCCCCAGUUGGUUUCUGACUACAUGGCAGGCAAAUUUGACCUGGAUGGUUUAGUGACUCAUACUUUGCCUUUUACCCAAAUAAAUAAAGGGUUUGAACUUCUAAGAACUGGAAAAAGCAUCCGCACAGUCUUGAUGUUCUAAACUGAAGACUUCCCGUGGUGCCAUCUCAUUU